AACUGAAAUAGAAGUUUGAAGUGGGAUAGUCAACUGGAAGUGGAGCAGGAGGGGUCAAGCCCAUCUGUGGCAGGACCUAGGAUGGAGUGGUCACCACCUCUGCCUUCUCCAUUUUUGUCUCUUCUCUUCAAGUAUGGUUACAACCUCAGCUAACUUGGUUUUGCCAGAAAGAGGAAGCAGAGGGAGAGGCAUUCCAUGAUCAUGCCUUAUUACCAGUGAUGCAGGAGGCAUUCUGGAUGGGCGCUUUAGAAUCACUCUUUCUGAACCAAAAGCUCUCAGAGCAGAGCUGAACCUCCCAGAAAAUGCUCUUCUCUACCAAAUCGCCAGAUGGGGGUGGGCCCGAAGCUAAACAGCACUGUAGAGGUGGCAUAAUGGACCAGAACCCCCAGGCAGAGGUGGGAGGAAUCAGAGAGGAUGCCUGGACCAGAAGCCAGCACCACCCUCAGGGCUUCACUGGAGGAGCUGUCACUGGGGCCAGUGCGGUUUCCCCUACUUCUGCAGGACCAGAAGAGGAUUCGUCCAACAGUGAAUCAGAGCAGGAGGGGCCCCAGAAGCUGGUCCAUAAAGUGUCCACCUCUGGACAGAUGGGGACCAAGCAUUGAUCUUCCCAGACUGAUAACUGCUGAAAUCCAGGUCACGGCUCACCUCACCAAACUCAAAGCAAGGAGUGAGGAGAGGGAGACUCUAGACAGCCACUGGACUACAACCAUCGGCUCUGAAAUAAUGAGAAACUAUUGUAAGCAGACAGAUGCCUUGAUGUCUCUGAGAAGUUGCAAAAGAGACAGCUGUCUAUGAAGAUAGAAGCUAGACCGCCUGUCAAGCUGACAUGGAAUGAAGAGCUACAGUUCCAUCUUCAUUACAUCCUGAAAUUGAGCUCCAUCUUCAAAUUGAUGCCUCAGAAUCCAUAGGAGCCAUCAAGCAAAGAAAUACACCCUGACAGGUUGUCAUGGCCUCCGCAUAUGUGAAGUUGCCUGUGCACUAAAGGUUAUCAGUCAUGAUGUCAUGUCCUCAGCUGGUUUGCCUGCAUUAAUGCAGUUACCCAGCGCUGCUUCAGUCUUUUGUGUAGUUGAUAUUACAAGCUUACACCACCAGGCUUAGUUAACAGUCCUGUGUGUGUGUGUGUGUGUGUGUGUGUGUGUGUGUGUGUGUGUGUGUAAGGAAGACUCUGCUUUCACUGAUAACUGGGCUAUUUCAAAAGUUUAAUUUCUCGGGAUUUAAAACUUCUAAACUUUUGUAAAAGGUACAAAUUGAGAAUCUCAAAAUAUUGGACCACCUUGCUUUAAAAACUUUUUUUAAUGAAAAAUGGUGUGUGUGUGUGGCUAAGACACAAGUCAAAACACAAAAUUCAUUUAUAUUUCACAACUCAUGAAUAUAGCCUGAAAUUAAUGAUUUACAGGAUUUUUAAUGAGCUUAUGCUUUUACUAUGACCCUUCAAUUGAGGUCAAGUGUGGAAGUUUCUCCUGGUGGCACUGUCUUGGUGCUUAGCAAGUUUUGGAUUUGUAAAUGUUUUAGGCUUUCAAAUUUAGAUGCUUAGUGUAUGGUGCUUCCCCAGUGGCAAUGUAAAAUGCAUAGGGAUAAGUAUAUACAUGGUGCUGGACCAAUAGUUACUGAGUUCUUAAAUAUUUUAUCAGCCUUCCUCAAAUAGAAGUUUCUCACUCAUCUCAAUGCAGACCAGAAUUUAAUUGAAAAGCUUUUGCUUCAUUUCCAGCAAGUACAAUAAAUUAAAGCUGGCCAUACUUGAAUGUC